AAAUGAUAAUGAAAAAAAAGUUUUUAAAUAGAGCGGUUUUCCUUUUGCGGUAUUUCACCCGUUUCAAGAAAAUUUAUAUCGGCGAAUAAUUAUUUCUAUACCUUGGCCCCUUGGGGCCUUGGGCGAUAAUGUUGAUAACUGCGAGUUUCUCCCCUCUGUCGUCGGUCGGGCUGUAUUUCUUUUUUGAAAAAAUAAAAUCGAAAUUAUCUUCCAUUAGCAUUGGAGAAAAUGGCCAGGGUCCUCGUUGGAGUCAAACGAGUCAUCGACUAUGCUGUUAAGAUCAGAGUCAAGCCUGACAAAACUGGAGUACUCACAGAUGGAGUUAAGCACUCCAUGAAUCCUUUCGAUGAGAUUGCUGUGGAAGAAGCAGUCCGUAUGAAAGAAAAGAAGCUUGCAUCUGAAAUCAUCGCAGUUUCCUGUGGCCCGGCACAAUCUCAAGAAACCUUGCGUACAGCUUUGGCCAUGGGCAUGGACAGAGGGAUUCACGUCGAAGUCAGCGCAGCAGAAAUGAACACACUUCAACCCAUUCACGUUUCUAAAAUCCUCGCCAAACUAGCACAAGAUGAAAAAGUGGAUUUAGUCAUUGUUGGAAAACAGGCUAUUGAUGAUGAUAGUAAUCAGACGGCGCAAAUGUUGGCUGCGUACUUGGACUGGCCACAAGGAACAUUUUUAUCCAAGAUUGAAACAAAUGAUAAGGAAUUGACAGUUACAAGAGAAGUCGACGGAGGAUUAGAAACACUCAAACUGACUCUUCCUGCUGUACUCAGUGCUGAUCUUCGCUUGAACGAACCUCGUUACGCUACUCUUCCUAACAUUAUGAAAGCUAAGAAGAAACCGAUUAAAAAGGUGACUCCAAAAGACUUGGGAGUCGACACCGCGAGCAGAAUAGAAAUUCUUUCUGUCGAGGAUCCACCAACAAGGCAAGCCGGUGCAAUUCUACCCGAUGUUGACACCUUAGUGGCAAAACUCAAAGAAGGUGGCCAUAUAUAAAAAGUGCAAUUCAAUGGGACUCAUUGUUAGAACCGAGAAAUUCCAGCCAUGUCAAGACCUUUGCAUAGAUUGUGUCUUUUAAAUUUAAUAUAAAUAUUAAAAGUUAUUUUUGUAAUUAUAAAAAAA